GUGUGUUCUCCACUCAAAUGCAGUUUAUGAGCCCUCAUUUACUUCAGCUUCAUCACCAGAGAACUUAACACCAUGAGGAACUUCAGCAAAUUUUUUCUAAUUUGUGCUGUAUUUUAUUGUAUCAAGGGACAGCAACAAAUACCAGAUUUCUGUGACCUGCCAAAAGAUGAAGGCAUUGACUCUGACAAAGACAUCCAAGUCUACUUGUACUACAACAAGACUGCAGAUAAGUGCUAUCCAUUCCGUUACAAGGGAGAGGGUGGAAAUCAAAACCGCUUCAAUUAUGAGUUUUACUGCAUGAGAAACUGCUCCAUCAAUGCCGACAAACUGUAUCCAACAGACAGAACUCUAGCUUGCCAUUUGCCAAAGGCUCCGGGUGACUGUUAUGGUCAUUAUCUACGAUAUUACUACGAUGAUGCUCAGGGAAAAUGCACAACAUUUGCCUGGACUGGCUGUGUGGGCAAUGGAAACCGUUUCUUGGAUUUAAAUCAUUGCAAUGCCACAUGUUUUGGAAUAUUAGAUGAUGAGAACAAAAAUGAUGGUAACAGUGACAUGGAAUCAGACACACCAAUUGGCAUUAUUUUGGGAGCUGUUUUAGGUGUUAUUGGAGCCAUCAUUCUCAUAGUUGUUCUUGUUCUGACAUUGCAGAAGAAGCCUAGCAAGAGCAAAAAAAUCAAAGCAAAGGAAACAAAAGUGAAAGAAGACCCAAACUCUCCUGGACCUGAGAUACCCCUUCAAAUUACUGAAAAUGCAUAGACCACAAAGGAACACCCAUUGUCAGCAUUAAUACUUCUCAAAACUUCAUAUUAAAUCUUGGACAUCAGAACAAUGGUUUUUUACAAGAAGGUUUCAUCAAGGGGUCUUUGGUUAGUUUCUUAACUUACUAAAGUAGUUUCCAAACUAUUGUGGAAUUACGACUACUUAGAAACUUUCCCCCAGAUGGACAGGUCCUAGAACCAGGUUCUGAGGUAGCCUUUUUUUAAGAGUGUAAGCAGUCACUGCUGAAUAUUUGGCCAGAUUGGAAAUGUGUUUAUAAUGUAAGUGAGUUUUAGGAUAUUCGCAUAUACACAUGCUGAACAAUUAAGACAGUACAAUUGUUAAUGUUGUCAUUUUGAUGGUGUGUAGAUUUUAAGUUGUUCAUUUUUGGCACUAACACUACAAAAGUAAACAUGGAAAAAAUUUUCUCUGUUCAUAAUGACUUGAACUUUGUUUUGUAAAGGGUGCUGAUGGUAAAUGUUUUAAUAAAAAAAAAAAUCAAUUCCA